CGAGGCAAAACCAAAGAAAACACGUUCCGCUUACUGCUAAUAGAUAAACACAGCUAACAUAGUGGCUACAGUUGUAGUGUAAAUAAAUAGUCAAUGUAAACUUCAUUUUUAAAUCCCAGCACAGGAACACGGGUAUAAAAUAGCUUAUGAUUAAACUAAUUAUUAGCUAAAUCCGUCGUGGCUAGUUAGCUAUAUCCGAAGUAUACCUUUUGUGUCGUUAACGAUUCUUCUGUUUUUAAUGUCUUGCUGUUUAUCUAGCUAUGUGUUCAUGUACAGGUCUGCAGAUGACACUAGAACCUGCUGUGUAAAUGUAAUCUAUAGUGUUUGUAUCUCCUCUGGUCUCUCUGCCUAGUGAUGGAUCCCCUGAACAGUCUCUCCAACUUCGAGUCAGAGAUGGAGUCUGAUGGACAGGGCUCCUACUCCCUCUUUCCGGCUCUGGACAACAUAUCGAGUCUGGCAGGAGCUCCUGAGACUCUGGAACCUGAACCCUCAGGAGAAGUCGUCGAUAAACCGAACCUCACGUGGCUCGACGCGGCCCAGAUCGUCCUGGAAGAGGCAGGACGUCCGAUGCACAUCAAAGAGAUCAAGCAGAGGAUCAUCGAUCGGGGAUUGGUGCAGUCAAAUGCAAAGUCGAGCCUUGAGGCCGUGAUGUACCGCGAGACACAGAAAGGGAGCAGGCGCUUCAAGAGGAUUGAGAACAGAAAUGGAGUCUUUGCUCUCUUGACUGAUGAGGAGAGACAGCAGGCCCUGCAGGCUUUUUCUGCACAAUCAGCCUUCUCCAGCUCGGGUUCCUCUCUGCCCUCCGGUUCCCCUCACGGCCACUCGGAGCACAGGCCCAGAGCCAAAAAAGCUCUCCGCAAAAACCAGAACGAGAAGUACAGACUUAAAUACCUCCGUCUCCGUAAGGCUGCACGUGCCAUGAUCUUUGAGAACGCAGCACUAGGUGAUGAGGUCGCCCACUUGGAGGAGAAGUUUGUGCGAGCAAAAGAAGAGAGAAGGUUCUUGUUGAAGACUCUAUUGCAGUACCAGUCGUUGGCGGAAGGCGAGAUGAUCUCAACCCCCGGGAGCAGCGCUCACACUCCUGCCACCUUCAGCUCCAGUGCAGCGGGAGCCACUAUCGUACCCACAGUCCAAAGCCAGGGUUCUGGACCUUCAGGGCCUGAUGAUGGCUUUCUGAAGAAACCUAAGAAAGAGCGAAAGGAACGAGGGAAGGAGAACGGAAAAGAAGAAGCGACCAAAAAGAUGUCUAAGAAGAGGAAAGUGGCCGAGGGCGGAGCUCGUAAACUGGUCCAGCCCAUCCCUCUGGACUCCUCUGGCAGGCCUGUGUUUCCCAUCGUAUUAGGAGGGCUGACUGUCUACAGCCUGGGCGAGAUCAUCACAGAUAGAGCUCACUUCCACGAUGAAAGCGCCAUUUACCCCGUAGGCUUCUGCAGCACACGAGUGUUUGCGAGCAUGAAGAACCCAGAGCAUCAGUGCCUUUAUACCUGUCAGAUUAAAGAUGGCAAACAGGGACCACAGUUUGAAAUCGUGCCUGAAGAUGACCCACAGAACUCCAUUGUGGCCAUGUCUGCUCUGAGCUGCCAUACAGAACUGCUGAAAGCCAUCACUGCUAAGAGCGGCAAGUCUUUGACCAGCAUCAUCCCCCCUGGUGCGGACUUCUUUGGUUUCUCAGACCCGACCAUUCAGAACUUGAUACAGAGCUGUCCCGGAGCUCGCAAGUGCAGCAAUUAUCAGUGGGUGCGCUUCGAGGUGUGGAGACCAGGAGAUGGACAAGCCCCUCACACGCUGUCCGAAGAUGACUCUUCUGUGAAUUUUGAAGCUUUUCAGCGCCUGCUGCAUUGCGAGGACGCCGGAAGCAAUCAGGGUCUGACUACAGACCAGAGCAACACAGCACAACCCACACAGAGCAGAAUUUCAUCUCAUCAGCACUUACUGAGUUCAGCAUCUCUACAGACUCCUGCAGGUGGCUCUCUUUCCACCACUUGACCCCACACCCUGCUACAAAGCCGUAUUCGUCAUAUUCAACCGACUAAUAUAAAAAUAAAUGUCGUUUUUGUAUGUAUAGUAGCUCAGAAAUGUCCGCUCAUUGCUCUCGGUGAUUGUAUUAUACAGCAGGAAUAAACCACAAAGCUCUUAGACUUUGAUAUUUUUUGUAUAUACAUAUUAUAACAUUAUAUGUACGUUUCAAUGUUCAGUACUGAUUGACCUCACCAUUAAAGUGGCCAUUAAACAGUA